AUGACCCGAAGUGCAGGAGUGCACCCUAAUUGCUCGGCGGGCAAGGGCGGUCGCGCCAAGUCCAACUGGCCCGACACUCCCACCACUUUUCGAAGUCUAGCGCCUCGGAAGCGCGACGAGCCUUCCCCCUUCUCCCCCUGGCUCUCGCGCGCGCUGCUGUUCCUCCCCGGCCUCGCCACAGGCUUCAUUCUCGGCCGCCUGCUGGGGGGAAGCGGGGGAAGCGGGGGAAGCGGGGGAGGCGGAAAGGGCGCAGGGGGGAAGAAGGGGGAGCUGACGGCAGGGGGCAGGGGAAGCAGUAGCGGGCGGAAGGGGGGCGGAGGCAGCGCGGGGGGGAGAUCAGCGCCAGUGUUUGGGGGGAAGGCGGAGACAGAGGGGGCGGGGGGGCUGGUGGUGGGGCGGGGGAGCGAGCUAAAGAUGGUGCUGGUGGUGCGGCAGGAUUUGAAGAUGAGUGCAGGGAAGAUCGCUGCCCAGUGUGCUCGUGAGUGGGGGAGGGGGGGCUGGUGUAAGCAAGUGUCUGCCGUAUCCCCCAUCCCCACCUCAUCUCCCCCCCCAUCCCCCCCUACCCUCCCCACCGUCCCUUUCCCCCUACCAGAUGCGGCAGUGGGCAUUCUCACCGGCCUCCAAACCAGGGGAAACGCGGCAGUGGGCAUUCUCACCGACCUCCAAACCAGGAACGAGCUGAGAGGGAAGGCACAGCAGCACCGGUUGCCUGUCUUCACUGUCUGCGAUGCUGGCAGGACUCAGGUGGCAGCAGGGUCCAAGACAGUCCUUGCCGUCGGUCCAGGUCCGUGCUCCCUCACCUCGUUUCACCUAUCCCUUCCUGCCACUCAUACUCUUGUUCUUCUCUAG